AACAUAUCGGGUUCAAGCAAAAUCCUCUCUUGCUCAUCAUUUAUCCAUUGGUCAUUUCUAACAAAAGUGGAUGACAGCUUACAGGAAGAGUUGGAGCAAAAGCGCAGCUUGCCAACUAGAACCACGUGAAUUCGCGUUACCUAACCCUGACCCUGGACCCUCGCAUCCAUCUCAACCCAUUUACCCCGCCAACCUUCAUCGGAUCUUAUUGAUUGUUUACUUUCACCAACAUUCUCAUUCAACUUACAACAUCGACAUCCAGAAACACCCCAAGAUAAAAACCACUAGUCCAGUCUCACGAGUUAUCCAUAAAAUAUCUCAAUCAACAGCAGACUGACCUCCAAAAUGGCUGAUCGCCACCUCCCUCCAUCCUCCCGACUUAUAACCACAACCACUGGCCACAUCCCUUCCAAACCCUCGUCUCGUCUCAUCCAGCAGCCACCCGGCCCCUCAACCACUCCAACCACAAAUCCACCGCCCCCAACUGCCAGCUCUGUCCGAAGAAACCUCUUCCAAAGCCAACUAACCCGCCGCGCACCUCACCAAGCCUCGUCCUCAACCUCCUCCGACACCAUCCGUCUCCACCACCACCACCACCACUCCAACUCCUACGACUCCUCCGACCCCUACCAAGACUCCCCACCUUUACCACCCCCCUCACCCUCCUCAGAGUCAAUAGUUCCCCGCAACUCCCACGGUGAAAUCGAACUCCUGGGCGACCCCCCCACCCCUCCCCUCUACGACUCAGACGAUUCAGCCGACCGCAACAACAACUCUCCAUCCCACCACCACCACCACCACCACCACCCGGGGAACCAAAACGACUCCCAAAGGGCCGAACAAGCCGCCGCCCGCAACCGCCUCUCCGAAGCAGUCCGACAACACCAGCUCCACCAAAACAAACUCCUUAUGUCCAUCCCCGGUAGCAACAUGGUGGGAUCCGGUUACGGAAUGCACCAACAACUAAAUAACACCCAACCAGAAGAGCUCAUCGAGGAGGUCAAAGCCAGUCUGCGAGCCAAAGUGGCUGCCCUGGCCCAAGAUAACUGGAUGUUUGAGCCAGAGGAGCUUCCGAGACCUCAUUGAUCACCACGACUCAGAUAAUCAUGUCAAAAAAAAUAAAAAUGUAACGAUACCCCAAGGCAUUAUGUAUGCUCUUAAUUAUCAAAUUAUCGGGCUCUGAUCCCUUAACUCCAAAGAAUCGUGUGUAUCGUGUACAUACAACACCAACCCGGCGCAGCCUCCACCCUCCUCGCCAUCGGUCUCCCACCACUCCCACCACCACCACCCGGCAUCCCCAAGAAGCUCCCCAUCAUGUCAAACAGCGGGUUGCUCUGCCUCGGUCUCUGAAUCCCAAAGUACAUCUCCCCAAUCAGCUCCAGCGCCGUGUCCCACACCCCGUCCGUGGCCUCCUUGAUCGUGGGCAUGUACUUCCCCUUCAACUGCCUAAACACCUCUGGGUUGUUCCCCUUUUGCACCGCCACAAUCAACAGUCCCAAAAAGUUCAUGAGCGGCAGGCUAGGGAAGAUCUUGGUCUCGCCAACAUCUUGCGCAGCCAAAGACGGGUUCUCGGCGGCGAGCUGUGAAGUAAAUACCUUGUAGCACGUGGUCGCCGCCUUGAGGUUGGCCAUCAACAGGUACGGAAGGACUGCCCUUGCGCAGUAGAGGGGCGCGGUGUGGGUUUCAUCCUGCUUGUACCAUUCAUACUCCAACUGCGCAAGGACAGGAGGGGAGUCUUUCGUGGUGCCGAGAAUCAAAUGGCGCUCCGCCUCGUCGAGGUUCUCUUUUUCCUCUGCCAACAUGGAGCCGAUGACGUGGUGAAGUUCUGGAUCGCCGGCGGGGUAGUCUGAGUACUUCUUUGACCACCUAUUUAUUAUCCUGUCAGUCUAUCACUUGUUCAUAACGUUGGAGAUGAUGAUGGGGUGGGAACGUACUCGACCACAUCCUUCACGAACUUCUUCCUGUUCGGCUCGGCGGGGUCAAACAGCCUCAAACAGGUCAGCACCCUCCCCUUGCUUGUAGCGUCCACCUUCAGCCCAGCCUGCUUGUAAACAUCCACCAGCAAGAUAGCGAGAUCGCCCCCACUGCCGCCGCCUGUUGGACCUGUCUUGAGGAGGGACUGGGAGACAGAGGACAGAAUGUCGAUGGCGGCGGUAUAGUUUUGCGAUUUGGUGUACCGGGCCGCGACGAGUCGGGUCUCUUGGGCGGCUUCGUAUUGGGCCUCGAAGGGCAUGCCGGGGGUGAUUUUGGAUUGGAGGCGGGUGAUGAUUUUGGCUAUUUUGGGGUUUGUGGGGGCCGCCGCCGGGGCGGGGGAUGGGGAGGAGGCCAUCGUGAGAGGCUGAUCGGGGAGGGUUGAUAUGGGAGGCUGUCGAGUGGUUACAGGAGAGGUGAAGUGAGGUGAGGUGAAGCUUAGGUCGGGAUCGGUUCGGCUCGAAGUCGGUGUUGCACUGUUCAGCUUGUGGGGAGCUCUGCGCACGUGAAAGUAAAUACGCAGGUAGUUGACGCAGAGAGUCAAAGUUUCAGCAACGCAAGGUAAGGUACAGUUAGGUUUAGGAGAGUGUAGCUAAAUCCAUUGCGUCGGGACAGUUUAUGC